AUGAACGAAGUCUGCCAACUCAAAGAACUGGAAGUUGAGCACUUUGAGAUACGAGAAGUUCUACGUUGCAUAUUACACACGAUCGUGUUUCAUAGAGCUUUGGGUCUUGUCCGGCCUAAAGACAUUGAUUUGGAACUUUUUGACAUUACAUAUGUGAGUGAUUCUACAUUCUUUCAAGUUAUUGCUUUAUUUUCCUUGGAUGAAAGCAAUUUAGAGCUUCAUGAUGAUGUUCGUGGAAGUUUGAACUUCGUACAAUGUGGUGAUGUCGAACUUGAGAAAAAGAUAGAAGAGAAGAUUGAUCAAUUCAUAAGUUGGGUAGAGAAACAUCCGAAUAAGAAAAGCCAGAUAUGCUUAUCUUUCUAUGAAGAGAAAAGCAAACAUAUAAAGUGGUUGCCCAAAUCUGACCACCGCCUAUAUUGGGAACAGUGGUAUGUCAACUUGCAUGUGACUCAACAUCCUAAAGCACACUCUGGAAAGUCUCAUCAUUCAAAACCAAUGGUUGACCCAGGAGAAACUGUAUCUGAGGACAGGGGUGUUCGUAGGGCAGCACUUGAAGCAUCUCUUCAUGAGGUCCAGUUGAUUGGACCCAUUUACACCUUGAUGCCAACAAAAACCACGUCCCCUGGUUUAGCAAGGUGGAUUUUACCUGAUAAAGAAAUCAAAGAAGUCCGUUACCAUCAUUUUAACUAA